CUGAUCAGGUACAUCGACGACGAAAUGCCUCCUGACGACGAGUAGGUGCGCGCAGCAAGAGCUCACGCGUGACAUUGGCGUAUCGGUCAGGAUGAUUAGCAUUGGGACGGAGUCAGGCGUUUGCUAUUUGCAGUGCUGAGUGCACUUCCCACGACGAGGACUGCCACCAGAUAGGUACUCUACAUCGACGGCUACACAGCCCCAAGCGCAGGCCAGCGCAGCUCAUCUACUACGACUUCGGCUGAUGGUGAGCACCAUGCUGAAGUGUGCGACUGCUCCAACAACACUCUCGAAGGCUCUAGGACUAUGGCGAGAAAGCGCUGUUGAGAGGAGAUCGUUGAAUGGCGAACGUGGAGCGGCUUGCUAUGUUCAUCUGAUUCGCCCGUGGGUCACGCAAUCGCCAACGCAGCUGGAGUACAGCGUCGACAACUCUGGACAAUCAUGCGCUCACGUUCAAACUCGCCAGGACGACGCUGGCCUUCCCCACUGCGUUGUGGGGUCGUAUCGGCUGGGUUUUGCCAGAUCGAACCUCUCCUCUGUAAAUAGACACGAUAGGGUCUCGUCCCAAGAUUCGCAUGGUUGCGUACCUUGGUCCAGCGAUCAGAUGACCCACACCCCAACGUCCCCAACAUGGACCCCUAAUGUAACCAUGGCUUCGCUCAGUGAAGGUCUCUCGAAAAACCUCACCAGAUCCGCCGCUGCUGUCGCGAGACGGCGCGGGACAGCGGUUCUGCUGCUGCACGUGAUCCGGCCUAAUUGAGGCCGCCCUCCAGCUUGGCACCAUCUCAGUGGCUGGCAGCAGCAUCCCCUCCUCCCUCAGAAUUCUCCCC